UUCAAGUACAGGAACUCCAGAUCCGUCUACUCUUAUUUCUUCCAAUUAUUAUCUGACCAACUUAAAUUUUCAACAAAUACGAUUGGUCAAAUGAAAAAGAUUCACGGGCAUUUUUUCCUCGUGGUGACAAUCAAACAAAAAGUACAGAGAUUUUCUAGCGGCCUGCCUGGUUGUACUUAAUUUUUAGGCAACAUUCUUCAGAAAGACUUCACAAGCCAAGGUACACUGAAAUAUCAGUGGGCGAGCUGAGCUGGUGUUGGGUACAUGGAGACCACAGGCGUUGGUUGGGCGGUUGGGCCGCUGGUUUCACCAUUCUCGAUCGAGAGUUGGGCAGUCCGCCACUCAUAACAGUGCUCCGAAACCCAUUCACCACUUCGCCUGACGCCGGAGUCUCGUGCUUUCCUCAAAGUUCUCACAGCCACCGGAGUCUUGCUGUUCACUGCACAAUAGAAUGGUACAAUGCGUUCUCCCGUGGCUUUCAGCCCAGCUGAGCUGUAGACACAUCGAUCAAAAACAACUCGUUAAUAACCCUGGGUAGAGUGCACCGGAGAUCAAAACAGCCCAGCUGAGCUGCAGGCUCAUCGAUCAGGAACAGUAGCACCGGAGUCUUGCUGUUCACUGCACAGUAGAAUGGUACAAUGCGUUCUCCCGUGGCUUUCAGCCCAGCUGAGCUGUAGGCACAUCGAUCAAAACAACUCGUUAAUAACCCUGGGUAGAGUGCACGUUUGUGCAAAGAUGUCAUCCAUCCGUGUUGAAAAUUUUGAAAGACGCAAACCGAGAAACAUUUUUAUUUUGCAAGAAGGUGACUUUUGGCCUGUAGAUUUUGAUGGGUCAGAAGCUAACUGAUUAUAUUGCUGGUUUGCUGUAGUUCACUAGAUAGGCUGGUCUGAAGGAUGGAAAGAAUAAAGCAGUGGCGGCUUCUCAGUUGCUGUAUUUUGACCAUGACAGAGAACAAAAAUGAUACUCCUCCCUGCCUACCAACUUGUUCGCUUUCCCGCCCUAUAUAACCCCGGUGGCAAGCACCAAGUUGACACGGCUAGCAGGCUAGGAGAGGUUCACCGUCCAAGAUGGCUGCAGCAGUGACUCGCCGGAUCAAUGCCAGCCUCCACGUCGAGGCAACCGGCAACAGCGCAGCCGACGGGGAGAUCCGGCGUGACAGCGCAGCAGCUUACUCGCCCGCGGCCAAGCGGAUCAACGACGCCAAGGACAGUGAUGUCUGGGUGGCCGUCCAGGAGGGAGACAUGCCUGGCGACUCCACCCAGGCUCUGCUGUUCCUGACCAUGAAGGUCAAGGGCAGCAUCCUGCAUCCUUACAGGUUCGUGAUUCUUCUGCGGUUGAUCGCGGUCUUCGCAUUCUUCAUAUGGCGCAUUCAGCACAGAAACCAUGACGGAGUGUGGCUCUGGUUCAUGUCCAUGGUUGGGGACGUCUGGUUCGGCUUCUCAUGGGUCCUCAACCAGCUCCCGAAGCUAAACCCCACCAAGCGUGUUCCAAACAUCACCGCCAUCAGAGAUAAGUACGAAUCCUCCACCUCCGGUGAAUCCAAGCUGCCUGGCAUUGAUGUCUUUGUCACCACUGUCGACCCAGUGGAUGAGCCUAUACUUUACACGGUGAACUCCAUCCUCUCCAUCCUUGCCACUGAUUACCCAGUGGAGAAGUAUGCCUGCUACCUUUCAGAUGAUGGUGGAACGUUAGUCCACUAUGAGGCAAUGUUUGAAGUUGCAAAUUUUGCUAAGUUGUGGGUUCCCUUUUGCCGGAAGCAUUGCAUAGAGCCAAGAGCCCCAGAGAACUACUUUGGGGUGAAGAGGCAACCAUACAUGGGAAGUAUGCAAGAAGAAUUCAUGAGUGAUCACAGGCGUGUGCGCAGAGAAUACGAAGAAUUCAAGGUGAGGAUAGACUCUCUUUUUAACACAAUCUACCAAAGAUCUGAGACAUACAACAGAAAGAAUACCAAAGAUGGUGUCAAGGCAACUUGGAUAGCUGAUGGAACACAAUGGCCUGGCACAUGGAUUGAGCAAGCUGAGAACCAUAGAAAAGGACAACAUGCUGGAAUUGUAAAGGUCAUACUAAACCAUCCAAGCCGUAAGCCACAACUCGGACCGCCAGCAAGCAUUGAUAAUCCAUUUGACUUUAGCAACGUUGACAUGCGCCUCCCCAUGCUUGUCUACUUAUCCCGCGAAAAGCGCCCUGGCUAUAACCACCAAAAGAAGGCUGGUGCCAUGAAUGCGAUGCUCCGUGUCUCUGCCUUGCUCUCCAACGCACCCUUUCUCAUCAACUUCGACUGCGAUCACUAUAUCAACAAUUCACAAGCUUUUCGAGCCGCCAUGUGCUUUAUGCUUGACCCCCGUGAUGGCCAAAACACUGCCUUUGUCCAAUUUCCACAACGCUUUGAUGAUGUCGACCCAACAGACCGGUAUGCCAACCACAACCGUGUCUUCUUUGAUGGCACCAUGCUCUCCCUCAAUGGUCUACAAGGGCCUUCCUACCUUGGCACUGGAACUAUGUUCCGUCGUGCUGCGCUCUACGGCAUGGAGCCACCGCGAUGGAGAGCAGACACCAUCAAGGUAAUAAGCAAGGCCAAAGAAUUUGGCGAAUCAACAUUAUUCAUAAACUCAAUGAUAGAUGGUGCAAACCAAGAACGGUCUAUCACACCAAUAUUCCUUGAAGAGUCAGUCAACAAUGAGUUGAGUACCCUGAUGACAUGUGCUUAUGAGGAUGGGACUCCAUGGGGGAGAGAUGUUGGAUGGGUGUACAACAUCGCAACGGAGGAUGUGGUGACAGGAUUUCGCAUGCACCGGCAAGGCUGGCGCUCCAUCUACUGCUCCAUAGAACCAGCUGCAUUCCGUGGCACUGCUCCAAUCAACCUCACCGAGCGUCUCCUCCAAGUAUUACGCUGGUCAGGUGGCUCCCUUGAAAUGUUCUUCUCCCAUAGCAAUGCAUUCCUUGCUGGUCCUCGGAUGCAGCACCUGCAGCGCAUUGCAUACUUGAACAUGUCAACCUAUCCAAUCGUCACAAUAUUCAUCCUAGCCUACAAUCUAUUUCCCGUUAUGUGGCUCAUCUCUGAGCAAUUCUACAUCCAAAGGCCCUUUGGCCCAUAUAUCUUAUACCUCAUAAUAAUCAUUGCAAUGAUCCAUGUGAUCGGCAUGUUCGAGGUGAAAUGGGCGAGCAUCACUUUGCUGGACUGGUGCCGCAAUGAGCAGUUUUACAUGAUUGGCGCAACUGGUGUGUACCCGACAGCAGUGCUUUACAUGGCGUUGAAGCUCAUCACAGGGAAGGGUAUUCACUUCAGGCUCACAUCGAAGCAGACAGAAGCUUGCUCCAAUGAUAAGUUCGCUGACUUGUACGUCGUGAGGUGGGUGCCUUUGCUAAUCCCAACCAUUGCAGUUUUGGUUGUGAAUGUCGCAGCUGUUGGAGUGGCAAUAGGCAAGGCUGCAAUCUGGGGGUUGUUCACAGAACAGGCACAGCACGCAAUGCUUGGAAUGGUGUUCAACGUGUGGAUCCUUGUGCUUCUCUACCCAUUUGCACUCGGGAUCAUGGGACAGUGGGGGAAGAAACCUGCCAUUCUGUUUAUUCUGCAGCUGACGUCCAUUAGCACAGUCGCUAUCAUGUAUGUCACCUUCCGUACCAUAUACCCUUCAGACUGGUCAGAAAUUGCAACUUCUCUUGGUAAAGCAGAAUUAGUGAGUGGAUCAUCUGGGAGGAAAUAAAUCAUUCUGAUAAUGCCACUGCACACUAGUGGAAUAAUUUGGAAGCUUUCAUCUAUGGUUUUAGAUCUAUCAAGGACUGUAUUAUCCAUCGUGACAUGUUGAUAUGAAACCUUUCAAGAAUUCUCUUGUCCUUGCUUUGUAUUUAACUAUGUGUAUGUGAUGUCAGA